AUGCCCCAGUCUAUUGUCUUUGACAAUGGAACACAGUUUGAAACGCCUAAGCUGAAGGAUUGGCUGGCCAAGCAGGAUAUCAAAGCCCACUUCGCGGCCAUUGCUCAUCCUCAGGAAAACAACCAAGUGGAGGCAUUUAACAAGAUCCUCUCGAAUGACAUAAAAAAGAAGCUGGAUAACGCGAAAGGUUUAUGGGUUGAGGAACUACAAUUGGUUCUCUGGUCAAUCAGAACUACAUUCAAGAACUCAACUCGAGAAACCCCAUUCAUGCUCGUCUAUGGGUCUGAAGUCUACCUGCCAAUUGAAAUAGAAGAUCCCACUCUGAGAGUCAUGCUAUAUUCAGAGGAAGCCAACUGGGCUGCCCUUCGCACGACCUUGGAUCAGAUUCCAGAAGUUAGGGGUAAUGCUCUGUUAAGAAUGUAG